AUGUUGCCCGAUGCAAAGGUCACGGCGUCGGACGUGGCUGACGAGAACGAACUGGACGAUGCAGAGCAUCUCGUGGCGGCAUGGAUCAAUGGCAUGCCCGAGGCCAAGAUCUGUCGGUUGCCGCAGACUGCAUCCAAGGCAGUGCAGCUCAAGGUCAAGUACGUGGCAGUCGUUCGGGUGGACGGAGGCAUUGUGCUCCAUCGCGUCGAAGUGGUCUUGUGGUUCUCCAUGGACCAGAUCGAACAGAUCCUCAUCGCCCAUGCCGCGCCAGCCGCAUUUGCGUGUCGUGCUUUCGCCGCAAAGCACACGGCGAAGAUGGAUUUUUGGCGUAAAGUUGUCUUCUCGGACGAAAAGAAGUUCAACUUGGACGGCCCGGAUGUAUACCGCGCGUACUGGCGUGACCUCCGUAGUGAGGAAAAAGUGUUCUCGAAGCGGUCUGAAAUCGCAUUCCUUGAAGGACGACAAAGCUCGGGGAGGUAUUGCAAGACGUUUGAGACGUAUCUGAUCCCGUUUUUGGACUAA